AUGGGGAUAGGGCUACGCAGCCAGUCCUUGCGAGGACCCCGGCCCUCCUAUGGCAAGCUCCAAGAGUCCUGGGGGAGGCCCCUGGAGGGCCGACGGCGCCGGGCACUGAGCCUCAGACACGGGCGUGAGAAGUCCUGGUCCUCAGACGGAGGCCCGGAAGGGCUGGACGCCCCCGGUCAGGAGUGGCUGCCAGGGGGCCUGGGGGACACGGAGCAGCUGAUCCACGUUCAGCAAAGAGACAAGCGGCUAUGGCUGAGACAGUAUCAACAGCAGGUAAGGAGAAGGUGGGCGAGCUUCGUUGCCAGCUUCCCCAGCGUGACCCUGAGCUGGCCGGCCUCCCCACAGCCCUCUCUGGACACCACCAGCUAA